AGCCGUGGUUCGUUGUAGAGUUGCAGCAGUAUCAACAUCCCUUGACAGAGGCUAGCUAUUUAGAGAGCUGUAGAGCUAUCAAGAAUGAAAUGAGCAAAGGGAAAGCAAAACUACAAAAUGAAAUCAUAGAUAGCGAGUUACCCGAAUACAUUUCUGAACACGGCUAUUUGGAAACGGUGGAAUAGGAUGCAUGUCUGUCACCGAUUUACUCAAAGGCAUUAUUGAGGUGAUGCAGCAGCGGCGAAAUAUCGUAACGGACUGCCUCCGGAGGAUAGCUAGCCAGCUUGCUAACAGUAGCUAGCUAGCCAGAUGCCUUUACAGAAAAAGGCGCAGUCUUUAGCAGGCCAACUCUUUUCCUAACCUCAACAUAUCCGAGAAACGUAGCUGGCUAAUAUUACAAUACAAUAUUGCGGGUGCACAUAUAUGUGUUUAAUCGGCUAGCUAAGUUCAUGUUAUUGCUUUUCUCCAUUAGUAAUUUAACUAGCUAGAUGGCUAGCCAAGCCUGUCAAUUCAGUGGAUGAAUUUGGUAUUCUGUGGAGACGCUGCGCGAUAGACGCAGGCCCGGGUGAGGAAGCUGAUAAAAUACAGGAUAUUGGGAAUAUUCAUACAAAUUAGCAAGACAAGACCGAUUUUUAACCACAUAAUUUAACAGGAACAUAAGUAGCUAGCUAGUUGUCAUUUUACCACUUAUUUUGCUACUAUUGAAAUGGUCAAGGGAGAAUGUAUCUCUAUUAGAACCUUGUCGAGGAUGCGACAAUAUCUGAUUAAAAUGUUUCACUAUUUGAAAGCAUAAUUACUGUCCUGUUAAAUGAACUUACAAUAUGUGUUAGUUAGGCAUUAACAAAACAUUUCGAGUUGGUUUUGAUUCUGUCGUUGCUUAUCCAGCUCAUAGUGUUCGGAUCACAACCAAAGAACAUGGAUCAGAAUGACAGAAUUUGCACGAAUAAAAAACAUGAAUUCAAUCGUGACCAGUCACUUCACUGAGGGAUCUCAACACUUGAUUUCUGGACACGUACUCGCCCCCGGAAUGAGAUAAUACAGCAUAAGAUAAUACAGCCGUGACAUUUGUCCACCCUGAGUUCAUUUCCACAGUCCAACAUGACCACACCAGCUCUACUGCCACUGUCGGGCCGCAGGAUACCCACCCUGUCACCCGGCGCUGCCUCUUUCCCACACCACAGGGCCACUCUGAGGCUCUCAGAGAAGUUUAUCCUUCUCCUCAUCCUCAGUGCCUUCAUCACUUUAUGCUUUGGGGCUUUCUUCUUCCUCCCGGACAACUCAAAACAUAAGCGCUUUGACCUGGGCUUGGAAGAUGUGCUGAUUCCGCAUAUCGAGGCACCCAAGGGGGCUAAGCAUCCUGGUGGACAGGUGGUCAUACAUGGACAGGGGGGCCAUGAUGAACACAGACACAGGGAGGAGGAGGAGAGCCUGCGCGAUAAGAUUCGUGUGGACCACGAGCGUGCGCUGCAGGAAGCCAAGGAGAAGCUGAGGAAGUCCCGGGACGAGCUGCGGGCUGAGAUCCAGACGGAAAAGAGCAAGGUGGUGGAGGACCUAAAGAAGAAGAAGGAGGUGCCCAAGCCCCUGCCCCCUGUCCCCAUGCCCAAGGUGGUGGGGGUCAACGAUGGAGACCCCGUGGAGCCUGACGUCAAGGAAAAACGAGACAAGAUCAGAGAGAUGAUGAAGCAUGCGUGGGACAGCUACAGACAGUACGGAUGGGGACACAACGAGUUGAAACCUCUCGCCAAGAAAGGACAUUCCACCAAUAUCUUUGGUAAUUCCCAGAUGGGGGCGACCAUAGUGGACGCCUUAGACAGCCUGUACAUGAUGGGCCUCCACGACGAGUUCAAGGAUGGACAGGAGUGGAUCGAGCAGAACCUGGACUUCAGUGUGAAUGCUGAGGUAUCUGUCUUCGAGGUCAACAUCCGCUUCAUCGGAGGACUGCUGGCCGCCUACUACCUCUCUGGACAGGAGGUGUUUAAGGUGAAGGCGGUCCAGUUGGCUGAGAAGCUGCUCCCAGCCUUCAACACUCCCACAGGCAUCCCCUGGGCCAUGGUCAACCUCAAGAGUGGUGUGGGGCGUAACUGGGGCUGGGCGUCAGCAGGCAGUAGUAUCCUGGCAGAGUUUGGAACACUACACAUGGAGUUUGUCCACCUCACUUACCUUACCGGGAACCCUGCCUACUACCAAAAGGUAAUGCACAUACGGAAGCUGCUGGCCAAAAUGGACCGACCCAACGGGCUCUACCCCAACUAUCUGAACCCUCGCACCGGUCGCUGGGGCCAACACCAUACAUCAGUUGGAGGUCUGGGGGACAGUUUCUAUGAGUACCUGCUGAAGGCCUGGCUCAUGUCAGACAAGACCGACACAGAGGCCCGCAAGACCUACGACGACGCCAUUGAGGCAAUCGAGCGCCACCUGAUCCGUAAGUCCAACGGCGGCCUGACAUUUAUCGGGGAGUGGAAGAAUGGCCACCUGGAGAGGAAGAUGGGUCACCUGACCUGCUUCGCCGGGGGGAUGUUCGCUCUGGGGGCCGACGGCUCACCUGACGACAAGGCUGGACACUACCUACAGCUGGGGGCUGAGAUCGCACACACCUGCCAUGAGUCCUACGACCGCACUGUGUUGAAGCUGGGUCCAGAGGCCUUUAAGUUUGACAGUGGUCUGGAAGCAGUGGCGGUGCGUCAGAAUGAGAAAUACUACAUCCUGAGGCCAGAGGUCAUCGAGACCUACUGGUACAUGUGGAGGUUCACCCAUGACCCCAAGUACAGGCAGUGGGGCUGGGAGGCAGCACAGGCUAUAGAUAAGUACUGCAGGGUCAGCGGGGGGUUCUCCGGGGUCAAGGAUGUCUACUCGUCCAACCCAACCUACGACGACGUUCAGCAGAGCUUCUUCCUGGCCGAGACGCUCAAGUAUCUGUACCUGUUGUUCUCCAGUGAUGACCUGAUGCCUUUGGAGAGCUGGGUGUUCAACACGGAGGCCCACCCCCUGCCGGUACUGCACCUGGCCAACCUCACCCUCCCAGGGAGCCAGGCCCAGCGGUAGAGACCAGGGGUCCUCCAGGGGACCAAUGCGUCCUUGCCUCCAUCUCUCCCUCUCACUACUACAGACUGCAGAAGGAGAGAGCUCAGACCAUUGUAGAGUGGAGGGGACUGGAACAAUAGCUCCCUUUCUUAUUCUUUAAUUCUCUCACUCUCACUUUCUAUAGCUCUCUUCUGAUCAGAAGGACGGUGGGUGCGUUCAGCUUUUGUGAUUGCCCUCGUAAUGUGACUUUUUUGUCAGGAGGCUUGAUUUGUUUUCACCAAACUGUCUCAUAACGGACGCAUACAGGGGCGAGAGGGUGUAUGGAGUCUGAACGAACAAACAGACAGACUUCUCUGAAGGGAUAUGUAUAUUCCAGACAGAGUCAGACUGACAGUAAAACUGAACACUAUGCGAUCAGUGGGGUUUGUUGAUUUUUUUUUUUUUUCAUUUCAUUUGGACACUCUCUUGACCUGGAACUGUAUCAGUGUUGCUUUGUGGAUAGGAGCAACGGCUUAAUGCGUCCCCCUCUGGCACCUUUCUAAAGUGGGCCUGUGAAAUGGAAUUGAUAUCCCUUGCGUUCUCUAUGCUACAUUCUGCCAUUUCUGUUCUUUCUCUAUCAUUCUCUCUUUCCAUCUCUCAUCAUUAGCAGGUGAAAUAUUGUAGCUUAGCCUGGCCUCAAAUAAUUUUGUUGCUGCUAUUCAACCAAUGCUGCUUCUCUCUCUCCUGUCAACCUUGUCUUAUCACUCCAUUCCACCUCUAUCUUCUCUUUCUUGUCAUAUUUCUUCACUUCUCCAGUCACUCCUCUUGCCUGGUCAAUUUCUGUUCCUGUCUUUCCAUAAAUCACUAACACUCCACAGGCAAAUUGGACAGGUCUUGAUUUGGCCGUGAUUCUUGUCUGCUGAUAAAAUGGCCCCUGUGGAUAAAUUGUUAUGCACUUUGUUGCUUGGAUUACUGAGAGGGAAAAGGGAGUGAAGUUACAGCACUGUAGGAGCUGAAGACACAAAGCCCUUCAUUUAUUAUCUCUGUGUCUUUGACUCCUUUUAAAAUGACUGACACGGAGCCAUAUUGUUGCUCUAACACUACCACUGAUGGGUAUAGCCUGGAGUUUUUCCUGUUCAGGAACAACUCCCCACCCUACUGAUAGGGUUCUACCUAAACUGUUUCUUGUUCUCAUUCCAAUCACCACUCACAUAUUAGGACUUGGGUUCCGUCUGUGCGAUGAGUAUGUUGAUUGAUAUGCCAUUCAUUCUCUAUGGGCUGUGUUCUUAAUGGACCUUUUGUGUUUCAUAUGAAUGUUGUUUCUGCAACAGUAGAUGGAACAGAAGGAACUCUGCUGUGUUUAGUGAGGAAUCUGUGAUUGGUGCAUUGGGGUGGAUGGGGAUACACUUUAGGUUUAGGGGACUGAAGGUAACACUGCGAAAUAGAAAUGUACCCUGGAAGAAAUACAAUUUUUGUUGGAAGUAUCAAUUACUUUAAAGCCUUAUCAAGUGUUGCUAUGUGUGAUGCCUUUGGCCAAUACUUUUUUUAAUGUAUUUUUAUUUUACAAAAUGUUAUUCAUACACAAGCUCAUACACCAGUCUGCUAUAAACCCAGCUGUCGCACUAGCAGACCCAUGAUGAUGAAGGAAUAGUGAUGAGGUUAAUGUUGGGGAUGGGCUGAUUACAGAACAACCCACCUUGCCAAUCGAUAAAGCCAUACUAUAUUUGUGUUGCUGCUUAGCUAAUUGGUUGGUUUCUGUCACUAAUUUCUCAUGUCUUGAAUGAGUACCACCUGGCUGCACCUGUACAACACUUGUCUCACUCUAUUCCUCUUUCCUCUGUCACACUCUUUCUACUCAUUCCUAUCCCUCCAGCUUCUAUUCCUCUCUUUCUCCCCUGCUAUUGCUCCCUCAGUCCCCAUCUGUCAGCAGCUCAGUGUCUCCCUCCUCGUGGUGGUGGUGGCAGUAGCAGCAGCCUACUGGGGUAGAAUGGUAUGAAGUAUGUUUAUCACCUCCACCUCACUCUGACAUCCUCACUCUGACAUCAUCACUGCUUCCUGUCUGGGGAGAAAGCCCAGGCGUUCUUUGGCACCGUCAGUCGCCGGGAGGAUGUUGAUUUUGAAAAAAGUGUUCCGUAUUUGUAUUUUUACUGAACAAAAAAAAGACCUGUAAAUAUGUUUAAAAUGAGACAAUAAAGAUGUUAUGGAAAGUGAACAGAAUAACUAAAA